UGUGACUCCCCCUGGUUCCCCGGGCUGGAAACCUGGGGAGGCAGCUAUAAGUUAAGCUGACGACUGAAGCGAGAGGGGGUCAGAUGGAAGCCACAGCAGCCUCGCCGACCUCAUCAGCUAUGGCCUCCAGCCCAGACUCCGAUAAUAGCUGGGUGCUUGCUGGCUCCGAGAGCCUGCCCGUGGAGACGCUGGGCCCAGAACCCGGGACGGACCCAGAACCUGAGAGAGCCCCCCAGCUCCCUCAGAGCCCCUUCAAGGCAGGUGGUGCAGAAUUGGCUGGGGCCUUGGAUGGAGCAGGGACCCUUUCCCAGACUGAAAGUCCCCUGUCCGAUCCCGCUCUGCCAGAGGAGACGGAGGUCAAGGGCACCCUGGCAGCUGACGGUCAUGAUGUGGAGCCCCCUGGCCCAGGAGACACAGUGGUCCAGGGAGAUUUGCAGGAGAGUCCUGUGGCUGUGGACCCGGGACAGGACACCCGGGACCUGGAGCAUCAGAGCUCCCCACAGAGGCCGCCCUCAAGACCCAAAGCAGCUUGGGUCAGGGAAGAGGGCCGCAGCUCCAGCAGCGAGGACACUGACGUGGACGUGGAGGGCCUGCGGAGACGGCGGGGCCGGGAGCCCAGUCCGCCUCGGCCCGUGGCGCCCCUGGAUGCGGAGGACCGGGCCAGGGCCCAGGGUGCGGCCGAGGAGCUGGGCAUCUCACUCAACAUGUGCCUCCUCGGGGCCCUGGUCCUGCUGGGCCUGGGGCUCCUCCUGUUCUCCGGUGGCCUCUCGGAGUCCGAGAGUGGGCCUGUGGAGGAAGUGGAGCUGCAGGUCUUUCCGGAUCCUGGCUCAGACCCUGGCCUGCGGGAUGCCUCGGGGGGCGAGCAGGAUGGGCUAAGGGAGCGGCUGCCGGCCCCAACGCCCCUCGAUGGUGCCCCCAGCCUGCAGAACAUGGGCCUUCUGCUGGACAAGCUGGCCAAGGAGAACCAGGAUAUCCGGCUGCUGCAGGCCCAGCUGCAGGCCCAGAAGGAAGAGCUGCAGAGUCUGAUGCACCAGCCCAAGGGGCUAGAGGAGGAGAACGCCCGGCUGCGGGGGGCCCUGCUGCAGGGUGAGGCCUCCCAGCGGGCCCUGGAGUCAGAGCUGCAGCAGCUGCGGGCCCGGCUUCAGGGCCUGGAAGCUGGCUGCAUCCGAGGCAAAGACGGCGUGUGCCUCAGCUGGGGCAGAGGCCCACAGCAUGGGAAGGCCAGCAAGGAGCAGGGCCCUGGCGCACAGGAGCCAGAUCCUGGCUUUCUGGAGCAGAAGAAGCAGCUGGAGGCUGAGGCCCAGGCGCUGCGGCAGGAGUUGGAGAGGCAGCGGCAGGUGCUGGGGUCCGUACAGCAGGACCUGCAGAGGAGUCUGCGGGAUGCAGGCAGAGGAGGCCCGGCUCAUGCUGGCUUGGUUGAGCUGGGCCAGAGAUUGGCCCAGCAGCUGCAGGGCCUGGAGAACUGGGGUCAGGACCCUGGGGUCCCUGCCAAUGCCUCAGAGGCCUGGCACCAGAAGCCCCACUCCCAGAAUACCAGGGAGUGGAAUGGAAAGGAAAAGUGGCGGGAUGGGCAGAGGGACCGCAAGGCUGAGCACUGGAGGCACAGGAAGGAGGACUCUGCCCGGGCAGGGAGGAAGAGCUGGGAGGGGGACAAGGACAGGGAGCCGGCAGGGAGGCCGGGGGAUGGCCCGCCGCGAGUGGAGGAGAGGGGGAGCAAGAAGGAUGGCAAGCGCCAGGACCCCAAGGGCCUUCCAAGAAAGGGCGGGGGCCCUGGCCCCGGGGAAAGGCAGAAGCAUCCUGGGUGGAGGGAAGGGGCUAAAGAGAGUCGUGGCAGCCCGCCGCCCUGGGAGCAGCUGUUGAAGCGCAGGUUCCGGGCACCCCAGGGCUGCUCGGGUGUGGCCGAGUGUGCGCGGCAGGAGGGCCUGAGCUUCUUUGGCGCGGAGCUGGCCCCCGUGCGGCAACAGGAGCUGGCCUCUCUGCUGAGAUCAUACCUGGCGCGGCUGCCCUGGGCGGGGCAGCUGGCCCAGGAGCUACCCCUCUCACCGGCUUACUUUGGUGAGGAUGGCGUCUUCCAUCACGACCGCCUCCGCUUCCGGGAUUUCGUGGAUGCCUUGGAGGACAGCCUGGAGGAGGUGGCUGUGGGACAGACAGGUGAUGAUGAUGAGGUGGACGACUUUGAGGACUUCGUCUUCAGCCACUUCUUUGGGGAUAAAGUACUCAAGAAGAGGUCUGGGAAGAAGGACAAGCGUGGGCGGAGCCCCAGAGAGGCAGGGCCCAAGGAGGCGCACAGCCACCCCCACCACCCCCACCACCGGGGCUGAGGCCCCGCCCAAGAUCCCGGGACAUCAUCUAACCCCCAGGGGCUGGGCGGAGACCAGGCCACUGGCAUCUCUCCAUUUGUUGGCCUUGGAUGUCCUUCACAGAGGAGAGUGAGGUAUCCCAGCCCUGCACUGAUGCCAUAGAGAAGGCCUUAGCCGCACCUGCCUUGCUGUCUAUGCAAAUGUAUUCAAAUGAGCAGGACCCCUGGCAGCCUGAGUGUCAUGCCGAUGUGAAUGGGGGUGGGCCAGGAGCCUUUUUGAGGGGGACGGGUGUCAUCCUGAUUCAGAAGCCAAAGAGCUUUUGUCCUGUUGUGUGUGUGUGCCCCUGGAGUGGGCUCCACGCACUGACCCGGCACCUCCUGGGACUUAAGUUGCUGGCUGGAGGCCCAGCACCAGGACUUUCCCUGGCGUUUUGCUAAAUUUGGAAGCAGCUGUCCCCAGUGGGUGAAGUCCCCUCUUGACCUCUGCUUCUCACGUGGCCUCACCUCCCUUGUGAACUGUAAAUGCAGAUCCUAAUAAAGUGUUGUGUGAGCUGGGA